CUGGCUGGGUCUCAGCGGUUGCGCGAAAGAGACCGCAAAGAAAAGGAAACGAAGACAGAACGAAGAUCGACCUGCAUCGGAAGCGAGUGAGAGUGUGUGCGCGUGUUUGUGUGUGAGGUCUUAGUGCAUUUGCAUAAGAAUUAGGCGAGUGCCAAAAAUACUAUUCGAAAUAGUGUGCGCACAUAAAUAUUCAAUAAACUUAUAUUAGAAUGCGCUAGAAAACUAAAGUUUGACGCGGGCCAAAGUCAAUGGAAUCGCGUUUCCGGUGUCAUUUGAUCGAGGCGAAACAAUAAAACGUUUGGGCCACAACUGAAUAGAGGGAAAAAACCACAGCAGCUGGCAUUCCAACUGUAAUUGGGGGUAUCCACGCCCCCAUCACCGCUCCCAAGGGGCAUCCAAUAUACAGAUGCAACACCUCUGACUCCGCCAGUACCAGGCGGCGCGUGCUUCUGUUGGAUCGUAUAAACUUUAUUGUCGGAGGCGGCACUCGUAGAAGUUUCACCUGCUGUCAGCCCCCAGAGCAGCCUUUGUUUUUGAGGUUUUUAUACGUAACUGGGACUAUAAUUAACUGCAAGUUUGUCGGCAGUCUUUGUUUCAUUUGUGGGAACUCCCCUUCGCACACUAAUACCCGGAAUGAUGAAGUCCAAUCCUGCUUCGGACCACGUCUACUUAAACGAUGGAUUCAAGUGCUCAACAAUCAGCAUCCAUACCAACCUCAGCGAACAGAAUGGAGGCAGCAACAACAGUGUGGGAACUCAAGGAUCCAAGGAGUUCAUAUUGACCGAGGACGGCAAGAAGGUGAAGCCCUCGCGGAGUACGGUGGAGUGCACCAAGAGCUGGCUGCAGGAGUGCAGCAGAAGGACCUUCAACCGCAAGACCCUGCACAAAAAACUGCCCAUUCUUGGGUGGCUGCCGCGUUACAGCAGCCAGGAUGCAGUCGGAGAUCUGGUGGCGGGCAUAACCGUGGGUCUGACGGUGAUUCCCCAGGCACUGGCCUAUGCGGGAAUAGCAGGACUCCCAGUAGCCUACGGUCUGUAUGCCUCCUUCUUGGGAUGCUUUGUGUACAUAUUUCUGGGCAGCUGUAAGGAUGUGCCAAUGGGUCCCUCGGCCAUUGUAGCACUGCUGACUUUCCAAGUGGCCCAGGGAUCGUGGCAAAAGUCGGUGCUGCUGUGUCUGCUGUCGGGGAUUGUGGAGCUGCUGAUGGGACUCUUUGGGCUGGGGUUCCUCAUUGACUUCGUCUCGGGGCCGGUCUCGUCCGGCUUCACCUCCGCCGUCUCCCUCAUCAUUCUCACCUCCCAGAUCCAAAGUGUGCUGGGCAUCACCGCCAAGGGCAACACGUUCGUGGAGAUCUGGACGCAGGUCUUCCACAACAUCGAGCACACACGAGCCGGCGACACAGUUUUGGGACUCACCUGCAUUGUGGUCCUGCUCCUGAUGCGCUCCCUCUCCUCCUGCCGCAUCGGACCCGACGAUGAGGAGCAGUGCUCCUCCUUACAGAGGGUUGUGAACAAAGUACUCUGGAUUGUGGGCACAGCGCGCAAUGCCAUUCUGGUGGUAGUCUGCUGCCUGAUGGGCUACCUUCUGCACAGUGAGGAGCACGGUGCUCCAUUCCGGGUGGUCGGCGACAUUCCGCCCGGCCUGCCCAGCGUACAGUGGCCUCCCACCUCGCUGAGUGCCAACGAGACAAGCCAUGGCGCUGCCGAGAACUUCGUGGAGAUGGUACACAGCAUGGGCUCCGGCCUGAUAGUGAUCCCUCUGAUCUCGCUGAUGGAGAACAUUGCCAUCUGCAAGGCCUUCGCCAAUGGCAAGUCGGUGGACGCUUCCCAGGAGCUGAUUGCCAUAGGUACGGCCAACAUCUUCAACUCCUUUGUGCAGGGAUUCCCGGGAACCGGAGCUCUGAGUCGUGGGGCUGUCAACAAUGCCAGCGGCGUCCGCACCCCACUCAGCAAUAUAUAUUCUGGCGGUCUGGUUAUGAUUGCUCUGCUCUUCCUCACUCCGUACUUUUACUUCAUACCGCGUCCCACACUAGCUGCCAUCAUCAUAGCGGCAGUGGUGUUCAUGAUCGAAGUCAAGGUGGUCAAGCCCAUGUGGCGAUCGAAGAAAAGCGAUCUGGUGCCCGGUGUGGGCACUUUCGUUGCCUGUCUGGUGCUGCCACUGGAAUGGGGCAUUCUCAUCGGCGUCGGCCUGAACGUCAUCUUCAUACUGUAUCAUGCGGCGCGUCCUAAACUCUCCACAGAGCUGCUGACCACUCAAUCGGGCAUGGACUACAUGAUGAUCACGCCGGAUCGAUGCCUGAUCUUUCCGUCCGUGGACUAUGUCAGGAAUCUGGUCAACAAACAGUCCAUGCGGCAGAAUGUGCCCGUCGUCAUCGAUGCCUCGCAUGUCUAUGGGGCCGACUUUACCACAGCGACUGUCAUCGACUCCCUGAUCAGCGACUUCAAUCAGCGGGGACAGCUGCUCUUCUUCUACAACCUGAAGCCGAGCAUUUGCGCCAUCUUCGAGCAAGUGUCCGCGGCACAGUUCGUUGUCUAUUACCAGGAGCAGCAACUGGACGAUCUGCUCAAGGAGCGAAACUACACACAGAAGCGCUCGGAGACGGCCUGAGCUCGCAAAUACGUGAUACAUUUAGAUUAGUUCAAAUUACUAGCGUAGUUAUUUAUGGUAUUGUAAAUAGUUCAUACGAAACUUUCUUUAGUAUUAGCCAAAGCACAAACACUAUUAGAAAUUGUAAGUCAACCAAAUAGUUACUGUAAUUAACUUUACCUUUAGAUUCGGCUUUGAAUGAAUUAAACGAUCAAAUUAAUUAUUCAUUUUGAAUUUGACAUUAAAAAAUUUAAAUAGUCCCAGAAAGUCCCUUUGCUGUUGGUUAGUGCUAGAACUCAGUUGAGAGUACCCUUUUGAAAUCGUUUCUCAUUUGUAUUUUUUGAAACUAUUAAAAUUUAAUCAUCUGGUAAGACUGCCAGGAACUCUAAAUAACA